AUGGAUGGAUACCGUAAAGCAUCCUUUGGUAAAGAGGGCAGUGGACCACUACAAUUUAAUGGUCCUGAUGGUAUAGCUAUUUCUCCUAUAACAGGACAGGUUUAUAUUGCUGAUAGUGGAUCAGCUAAUGGACAGUUUCAGUAUCCACAUGAAAUUGCUAUUGAUAGUCAAGGAUUAGUGUAUGUUACUGAUUUUGGUAAUCAUCGCAUUCAGAAGUUCUCUCCAGAUGGAAAGUUUUUCAAUUGGUUUAGUACUGAAGGAUCUGGUCCUGGACAGCUUAACAGUCCAUAUGAUAUAACAAUAGACACUGCUGAGAGGAAGCUCUCCACAAGUGAUGUUCCUCCAGUAUUAAGAAUUGAUGAUCAGUUAUUGAGUGAAGAUAAAGUGAAAGAGAUAAAGACAGGACUGAGUGCUAUGAAGACAGGAGUUAUACUGGAUAUAUUCAGUUACUAUAGAUGA